GGUACAUUGACUUUUGCGCUGUCAGAAAGCUCGCUGAGAGCGACCUUCUGUUCGUCUGUAACUUUGGGAGAAAGACCAUUGCUUGCUAGGCUAGAGUCUGGCAGCAGAUAUGGCGACAGCUCAUUCGGUGUUAACAGCUGUGUGCGUUCUGCUCAUCACAGAGCUGAUUCUGGCAGACAAAGACUACUAUGAGAUACUGGGCGUACCCAAAGACGCAUCUGAUCGUCAGAUCAAAAAAGCCUUCCACAAAUUAGCCAUGAGGUAUCACCCCGACAAAAACAAAAGCCCAGACGCUGAGGCAAAGUUCAGAGAGAUUGCAGAGGCAUACGAAACAUUAUCAGAUGACAAGCGAAGGCAGGAGUAUGAUCAGAUGAGGAACAGUCCAUUCUCCGGGAAAGGCACGAGAGGAGGCGGCGACCACUUCCGUCAACCGUUCAGCUUUAAUUUUGACGAUUUGUUCAAUGGCUUUGGACACAAUCCUCACUCCCACAAUAAAAGACAUUUCGAGAGCCACUUUCAGGCUCAGGAGGAGACGCACAGAAGACACUUUCAAAGCUCUUUUGGUGGCGGUAUGUUUGAUGAUAUGUUUGAGGACAUGGAAAGAAUGUUUUCGUUUGAUGGACACCAAACAAGGACUCAGAGCAAGUUUCACAGUUCUGGAAAACAGCAUUGUAGGACCGUCACAGAACGAAGGGGCAACAUGGUUACUACGUACACCGACUGCUCCUGAUUUAAAACCUUAAUGUGGAAAUGAAGCAUGUGGGUUGUGUUUGUGAAAUAGAAAAUAAUUAUCUUUU